GAGCUUGAAUGUGGUUGGCAGGAUCCUGGUGCAGUUAACUCGAGAGGUUUUGUUUCUCACUAAUUAGAAGUGAUUGAACCAGUGUUUCGAAUCAUGUCGGGAUCGAAUCAGUCUGUAACACAGAGCAGGCUGCAUGCAGAGCAAAGAUUCCCCAAUCACAGUCUGCAGUUUGCACUUCAUUUACCCAGGCCACACAUGGAUAUCAGAGUUUCUGAGUUUCCCAGUCAUUCCAGGGAUUAUGGAUCCAUCUUAUCUGCUGGAAAUCUAACCCAUCAUCUUCGUCGGAGACCUUCCUUACUGGCAGAAUUCCAGCCAGGAAUUGACCGGAGCAUUGAGCAGCGGCAGAGACAUGAGCCCCACAGCUACCUGCUGGGUGCCAGGAGGCAGCGAGACGGAGCAUCUGCAGAUGGCAAGCGCCCGAGGCUGGAUUUGCUGCAGGACCCAUCACUGCGACCCUCAUCCCUCUUACCCCAGGAACCCCUUACCACCGUUGGGGAGCUCCUGAAGCAACAUGAUCUGGAGGUGGACAGUGUGCCCUCUGGGCUAUCAAAGGAGGAGCUGAUUCAGAACAUGGACCGUGUAGACAGGGAGAUUACCAUGGUUGAACAGCAGAUCACCAAACUGAAGAAGAAGCAGCAACAGCUUGAAGCCGAGGUUGCAAGGCCAGUGGAACCUGAGAAUCCAGCUUCCCCACCUCCUGCUGAACAGCGACAUCGCAGUGUGGUGCAAAUCAUUUAUGAUGAAAACAGGAAAAAAGCAGAAGCUGCUCACCGAACAUUGGACGGACUGGGUCCUCACAUUGAACUGCCUUUAUAUAAUCAGCCGUCAGAUACCAAGCAAUAUCAUGAGAACAUUCAGAUAAACCAGGUGAUGAGGAAGCGGUUGAUUUUGUAUUUCAAACGGAGGAACCACGCUCGCAAACGUUGGGAACAGAAAUUUUGUCAACGGUACGACCAACUGAUGGAAGUCUGGGAAAAGAAGAUUGAACGUAUUGAGAAUAACCCACGGCGACGAGCCAAGGAAAACAAGGUGCGGGAAUACUAUGAGCGACAGUUCCCAGAGAUUCGUAAACAGCGAGAGCUGCAGGAACGAAUGCAAAGGGUAGGACAGCGGGGCUGCACACUGUCAGCAACUGUGGCUCGGAGUGAACACGAAAUCUCUGAGAUUAUCGAUGGACUUUCAGAACAAGAGAACACUGAGAAGCAGAUGCGACAAUUGGCUGUUAUCCCACCAAUGCUGUUUGAUGCAGACCAACAGCGUGUUAAAUUUAUCAACAUGAAUGGGUUAAUGGAAGAUCCCAUGAAGGUGUACAAGGAACAGCAGCUUCUCAACCACUGGGGAGACCACGAGAAAGAGAUCUUCAGAGAAAAGUUCAUUCAGCAUCCGAAGAAUUUUGGACACCUGACAACAUUUCUGGAGAGGAAGAAGGUUUCUGACUGUGUCCUUUACUAUUACUUAUCGAAAAAGAGUGAAAACUAUAAAGCCCUAUUGAGACGGAACUAUCGCCGAAGAGGAAGGAGUCAGCAAUUACAAUCCCCAGUCACACUGUUUGUUAGUGUUGCAGCAGCUGCAGGAAAGCACUUCAAUGUGGAACAAUUACCUCUUUGUGCCUUCCUCAGUGAAAAGGAGAAAGAGAAAAGUGACACUUCAGCGGAGGAGAAUGAAGAAAAGGAGGUUUCCGUUUCCAAAGGCCGUCAAACAGCCAAUAGCCAGGGCCGACGGAAGGGGAGAGUGACCCGCUCUGUGGCCAAUGAGGCUGACCCUGAGGAGACCAUAGCCCCUCGAACUGAACCAGUCUCUUCCGAGCCAGUUGAAAGUUCUCGCUGGACAGAGGAAGAAAUGGAAGUUGCUAAAAAAGGUCUUGUUGAACAUGGCCGUGGCUGGGCAGCUAUUGCCAAGAUGGUGAGUUCCAAGACGGAGGCUCAGUGUAAAAAUUUCUACUUUAACUACAAAAGACGUCACAAUCUGGAUGCCCUCCUUCAGCAGCACAGACUGAGAAUGGAGGCAGAAAAGGUUGUGAAGAAGAAGAGGAAGAUCCCAGCGGCACAGGGAGAGGAAUCCUCAGCAACGUCUGCUGCUGAAGACGAGGAUCUGGAAGCUUCUGCAACUAGUGGGAAUGAAGAAGAAAUGAGAGAAGAUGCAGAGGGUUCAAAUGCAUUUGCUGAAGCAGGUAACAGGAGUUCAGACGCUGAUGACCCGAGUGUGGCUAAUCCUGAAAGAACUGAAGGGAACGAUUCUGAGAAGGAUGAGAAUGAGGAUUCCAAACCGCAGCUUUCCGUGGAAAAGCUCAAUUCUGAGGGAGACUGCAAUGAGAAGGAUUGUGAGGGAAUGGAGACUGUUAACAUUAAAACUGAGCAAUCAGAGGACAGGACAAGUGAGAACAGCCUUUCUGUGGCUGAACACUCCGGCAAUGAGGAGAGAACGGGAAGUGCAGAUGAAGAAACUGCACGGGUCUCAAAGGUUGGCUCACAGGGCACAGUGGAGACCGAGGCUAACGACAUGUUAAACGCGAGCAGUGAUUCAAGUGCAACUUGUAGUGCUGAUGAGGUGGAGGACCGAGAUGCUUCAAGUACAAGUAGGUAA